UGUAUUUUCAAGGUCGUCGGUCGGACUGCUAAGUUUGUUGUUUGGCAGGGAGAUGGUCUCAUGCGAAAUUCACAAGAUCUCUGUGUGUAUUUGAACCUAGUUUUCUGUAUCAUAAUCUGAAAGAGCAGAUGAGAUGUCCACAGACAUGUGGUCGCACUAAUCAUACGAAUAUUGGUCGACGUAUUCAAUUAAAGUGUGGUAGUUGUCAGCAACAAAUACGUAACAUCUACAAAUUUCUGCAGCUUUAUUCACGUUUAGAUGUCAAAAAUAAAUGUAACUGUAAUGAUGAAAGUAUCCACGCUUUCAUCCAUGAAACCAAUAAAAUGUUGAACGAAGAUUUGGAAAGUUCACUUAUGAAGGAAGUAGAAGAUGUUCUGAGUAAAGCACACAUAACUCUUUUACCGCAAACUCAAGGGAAAUCUGUCGCCUUGUUAGAAUCUGAGAAGUCCAUGUCGAAGUCAGAGCGCAGAAGAACCACCUGUGAAAGUAAAACUCAGAGGGAGAUUAAUACGACUGUAGUAAAACAGAAAAAGUAUAUCCCUGCACAUAUGAAGGCUCCGUACAAAGCUGAUAUUUUGUCAAAACGCCAGCCAGUCAAACUGUUGAGAAAAGUGAAAAAAUAUAUUGGUGAAAGUAAAGAACAUAAAAUUGUGGAAUGUAAUGAACACAAAAAGUCUAUUCAGCGGGAGUAUGCCCAGAACAUGCACCGUGUAAUUUAUUCACAUGUAGUGUGCACUUGCAGUCAGAUUCAGACAGGCCAAGAAGCAACGCUGGUUAGGCAGCUGGACAAGGAUUUUCUUCGUCUGCGAACUUUACUCCUAAGAACAGAGCAGUUAGGAAGAUGGGAAGAUGGAGGAAUUCUGUUAAAGUUAUAUCGAAAAGCUAUAACUGCUAGCGUACAUAUUCCCACCGAAAAGUGCAUCUUUGCCGGAGGAUUACUUCACAAAUUCUUCAGUUUUUUGCAGUUCAUCGAUACACAGAUUGAGAACCCGGAUGAAAUAUGUUGGAUACAGAGUGUCUUAUCAAGAUUUAUCUAUAUGUUGAAUACGUUGAAGUUAAUUGUCUCAAGAGUGGAUUGUGGGUCAAUGAAUACACGCGUAUCGUCAAAAUAUUCUGACCAUGAUUCAUCCGCUGAAGAUGAUCCUGUAAGUGCGUGGUUUGCUUCAAGACAACCACUUAAAUCAUUUGUUCCCCCAAAUGCAUAUGAAGCCUACAUGACAAUAGGGAGAUGCUCGAGUAAAUCAAGAAUAUCCCGUUUAUCGGCACUGAAGCUGUAUCCAUAUUUGUGUAUAUUCAAAGGUAAUAAGAAGGAAAUACAGAUGUUUACAAACCUUUGGAGUGAACUUGAAUCCAUCCAAAUUGAUCUUGAGUUUCUCAAUACUUUUAAGUCAAAUCUCCCAGAAUUACUUCCUGAUCUCUUUGACCAUACUGAGAGUCUUGGCAUCCUGUAUUUCGGAUGAAAAAUUCAACAAUUCCGUUCCGAGUUGGCCUACCGAAUGUUAUAUUUUCUAUGACCGGUAGAAAGCUAAUAUAGUGUAUACCCUACAAUUUUUAAUAUUGACAGAUAUCUACAACUAAAGAGCAUAGAAGACAUUAAUAGUAUCCCACUUUUAAUUCUCAUUCUUUACAGCGUAUGCGAUUUUCCAAUAUCGUAAUCAUGAGGUGGUUUUCUUUUUCAGGAAUCGUGCAUCGGCUUUUCGUGAUUUGUACUCACUUGUAUGCGAAAGUAGUCCUUCAGUUUUGAAAAGUAACUUAUGUUAAUCUCGUAUUUCUUUACACACAAUAGUUUUUACAUUUUGAUAAUAUAAUAUAAUUUUGGUUGUAUGAGCUUUUCGAAUAAUAUGCCAAAUAUUUGCGAUUCCACCAGACUCACCUAAAUAUGUAGAAUUGCGUUUCCCGAUUGACACUAUAUGAGCACACUUAGAAAUGGCGAACAAGCCUGGUUAAAUCACUGAGCUACCUAGAUUUUCAUGCAUUAAAAUGCAUCGUCUUUAUUCCGUUUCGUAUUGUAUUAGCAAUCUAAUUACC